UCGUGCGACAUGCGCACUUCCUUCUUUCUGUUUUGAAAUACAUUCAAACGAACAGAUUACAAUCAGUUUGUCGUGGUAUUAGGAAAAGAAUGGCCAAUGCAAGUUUAACCAAAGUAAAUGAGCAGUACUGGGCUUCAGUUCAGGGCAAGGUUAAAGAUUGGAUUCAAAAAACUGAUGCCACUGUAUUAGUAUUAUACAUACUGCAGCCAACAAAGCGGAAUCCCAUCCCUACUUUAAAGUUUGAAGGGUCAAGAAAGCUGAAAGCUGUGGUUGAGUCAGAAGAAGUAAGGAUUGCCAUCAGCACUGCUUGCAGUGGUCCUCCCCCUCCUGUGAAGUCAAUUAAAGAUGAAAUGGAGAACAUCAUCAUUCAACCUUGGACCAUGCAAGUAAAGAGGUGUAUAAUCUCUAACUUGGUUAGGCAGUACAUGGAAUUGAAGUAUGGUAGGAAGAGGGACAUUUGGGGUUAUCCUUCCCUUAAACCAGAGUGGUGGCCUGAUGACAUCGAGUACAUUUCUCCAAAUGAAAGACGGACUGUCGACAAACCAUUGAGUAAUAUUAGCAUGGAUCAGAUUCUUGAUUCAUAUGUAGAGUGGAAGAAUUCUAAUGGUAGCAGGAGAAAGGAUUUUGAAGAAGGAAGUGGAGAGGUAUUGGAGGAGGUAAGUGGCAAUGAGGAAGUCAUGCCAAGUGUUUCAGUUGAAACACCUGGUAUGAAUUCCUCUCUGCCUAUUUCUCCAACACUGAGUGUUGGAGGUUUCUUUUCAGGUGGGACAGGGAGUAUUGAGACUGAAAUGGAGAGGACACACGAACCAGGCAACCAGCUAAUAUCAGAGGAGGUAAGUGGCAGUGAGGAAGUCAUGCCAAGUGUUUCAAAUGAAAAACCUGGUAUGAAUUCUUCUCUGCCUACCUCUCCAACAUUGAGUGUUGGAGAGGGUUUCUUUUCAGGUGGGACAGAGAGCAAAGAAAAUGAAGCAUGUCAGAUGGAGAUGGAAGUGGAAGAGAUGGGUCUGCCAGAGAGGACAGACAUGGAUGAAACAGCUAUGCCAGAUGGGAACAUAAAUGACAUGGGCAGCACAGAAAAUACCAAUGUGCAAAGUCUGUUGAAAGUUGGCUGGGAUGAUGUUGUUCUAACUAAAUAUAUCUACAAGAUUUGGUCUAAACAGAGAAAUGAUAGUGUUGAGCCAUUUCUGCUGUCUAAAACCUGUGGUGUGAGCAUUAACAACAGGUCACUCAUUAGUGCAAAAAGUUUGAUCACAGAUGAAAUAAUUGAUGCUUAUCUUGGGAUUAUUUGUGGUCUAAGCAACAACUUCUUUUAUGUGCCAUGCAGUGUUAUAUCCAUGAUUUUUCAUCCUCGACAUCAAAACGAAGUUUCAGAUGUCCUUAAUGAGAACAAAGGAAAAGUGUUGCUGGCUAUUGUAAAUAGGAGAGAAAUUCACUGGAUUUUGUUGGUUAUUGAUCAACGGAACAAAUCUCUGUUAAUAAUUGAUCCAAUGGGAGAGACCAAAACAACAUGCCAGUUGAUUUUUAAAUUAUGGAUCAAUUACUUGACACAAAGAGGACAUGAUGCCGAAGGAUGGAAAAUCGAUACUAUCCACCACUCAAAGCAACAGGACAGUGUUUCUUGUGGAGUUUACUGCAUGAAGUUUGCAGAGGGAAUUGUUCUAAAUACAUCUUUACAUCUCACAACUCAGAAGGACACUGUGCAGGAAAUCAGGUGCAACAUUAUGAAGACCAUCAUAAAUAAUCAAGAUGAGGACACUAAAAAUUUCUGCAGACGUUGCUUCCGGCAUGAACCCCCAAACAGCAAAGUUAAAAGAAUCAAGUGGGUUCAAUGUGAUGGAUGUGCCAUUUCUUGGUAUCACACUGUGUGUUUGAAUUUAAAACAAGUCAGAGAAUCAACUUUUGUUUUGUGUGAUGUUUGCAAAAUGUCUGAGUAGGUGUUGUAAUUGUCAGUUAAAAAUGUGUACAUUGAGUCUGUCUGAAAUUAAAGUAUUUUGACCGGAUCAGAUUAUGCAAUCUGUUUUCAUGUAAAAUAUCCUGUUUCAGAGAAGUCAGAUUUUGUGUCUCACCAAACAUAGAUUUUUUUUUUCAACUUUCAGUCAUAAUUCCCUGUGUAAGAGGGAAGUCAGAAAUGUAAAUUGUGCUGCUCCACAUGUACAUUUUCUUUUUUUUGUCUUUUUUAGUUUUUGUAAUCUGUGUAACUUUCAAGUUGGUUGAGUGUAAAGUCAGAUGCAGUAAUGGGCCGCUCCAUAUGUACAUUACUUUUUCUAUAUUUGCUUACAUUUAUAUUCUCUUGUGUGAGUGUAAAAUUGGAAGUGGUUUUGGAUGGAAACCAUUAUAUCUUAGAAGAGAAAAACAGAAACUUCAGUUGAUGUAUAAAAUAAUUAAUGCUUCUGCACCUGAUUACUUGUACAAAUUGAUUCAACCCUUUUUCCAAUUCAACAUGCCUACAACCUAAGGUCUGGAUGUGAUAACUUGUAUUUGUGUAUACCAGUUUGUAAAACAAUGUCUUACUAUAAUAGUUUUAUUCCCUCAACUAUAAAACUUUGGAACAGUCUUAGUGCAGAUGUCAAAAACUCCAUCAUUAUCUAUCUAUAAAGCAAAGCUUAAAAGUUGGGGAGCAACUAAUAAACCAUGUAGGUACUUUAACUUUGGUAAUAGAAAAGAGAAUAUCUUACAUUGCCAGUUGCGAAACAAUGCUAGCUAUCUUGAUGCACAUUUAAAAAGUCAUUUUUUUUUAUCAGAUGUUCAAUCAUGUCAAAAAUGUGGAUUUUAUACUGAAGAUACUGAACAUAACCUUAUCAAAUGUCAAUCAUAUACUGCUGAAAGAAUUUACUGAUAAAAAAAUUAAAUGAUAUUGAUGUUGUUUUUGAACUCAACACUGUUAAGAGGAAAAUGUCAAUAUUCCUAUCAAACAAACUGUAAAAUAUUUUCAUAUGUACACAAAUUUAUUAAAUCUACUAAGAGACUUAACUAAUUACUCUGUAAUAUUAAAUACUCUGUUAAAUAUUUAGUUCUUUUA